CAGGAGUAUCCUACAAGAUGAUAAUGUUUGUAGCUAAGACAAAAUACACAGUAGUUUACAUAUGAAGUAAGUGAAACUAUGUAGCAAUUGAAUCUCCCAAAGAUGAUGACAAAGAUCUUCAAACAGGCCCAACCCACACGAAAAAUGCAAGUUGCUGUUGAAACGGUAAUGAAGCAACAAGUUCCAAGGCUGUGUGCAAUGUCCCUCUGAUAUCCUCCACCAUCCUUACCUAUGGAUGAAGCUUUUUCUAUCAUCAGUUUCUGAUUCAUUCCAGGAAAUGGCUGCUUUCCAGUUUGAUUUGAAUGCCAGUCCUCUAAUCAACUGGAGAAAAGGAGUCACUUGUAUAAGCCAAAGAAAAGGAAAUGCUUCAGCAAUACAGCUCACAUGAAUAGCUAGGACUGAGCACUGAAAUCCAGCAUCUGCAUCUUCUCAGCCUGUUUCUUUAGGGCUGUUUUGACUGGAAGGAGUGGGAAUUUGGGAGGCUUUCCUCUUCUGACUGAUUCCUUUUCAAGGUAGUCGGUGAAGGCAAGUGGAAGGCAUGACCCCCUCUUCAGACAGAGAUCUCAACGGGCUGGAUAACCCCAGCUUUGUGGGUGAACAUGGGAGCCACUGCCAUUCCUCACCAGCUCAUGCUGCCUGGGCCCCACCUUCCCUGGAGGAAGGUGGGGGCACUGGCCACAGAGGGACCAAGCUUGGCUACAUUGUCACAGAUGUGCCCCCCUGGUAUCUGUGCAUCCUGCUGGGCAUUCAGCACUUUUUGACAGCCAUGGGAGGUCUCGUAGCCAUCCCGCUGAUCCUCUCUGAAGGGCUUUGCCUCCAGCAUGACCUACUGACCCAGAGCCACCUGAUCAGCACCAUCUUCUUUGUCUCAGGAAUUUGCACCCUGCUGCAAGUCCUCUUUGGAGUCAGGCUGCCUAUUAUUCAAGGAGGGACUUUCACAUUCCUGACCCCCACCUUGGCAAUGCUGUCUCUCCCCAGUUGGAAGUGUCCUGCCUGGACACAGAAUGCCACUCUGGUGAAUGCCUCUUCACCUGAAUUCAUCCAAAUCUGGCAGACACGGAUGAGAGAGGUGCAAGGAACUAUCAUUGUAGCUUCUUGCUUUCAAAUCGUCGUUGGAUUUUCAGGCCUGAUUGGAUUUCUGAUGAGGUUCAUUGGCCCCCUGACAAUUGCCCCCACCAUCACCCUGGUUGCACUACCUCUGUUUGAGUCGGCUGGGAAUAUGGCUGGGAAGCACUGGGGCAUAGCAUUCAUGACUAUUUUUUUCAUAGUUCUGUUCUCUCAGUACUUGAAAGAUGUUGCUGUGCCACUGCCAUCUUACCAGAGAGACAAGAAGUGCCACUUCUCUCCAAUCUACCUCUUCCAGAUCUUCCCGGUGCUGCUGGGGCUGUCCCUGAGCUGGCUGCUGUGCUACGUGCUGACAGUGGCCAGCGUCCUGCCUGCGGCCCCCGCUGCCUACGGACACCUGGCCCGGACAGACACCCGCGGCGCCGUUCUGGCACAGGCUCCCUGGUUUCGGCUGCCUUACCCAGGGCAGUGGGGAAGGCCGACGGUGAGCCUGGCUGGGAUCUUCGGCAUGCUGGCCGGGGUGGUCUCGUCCAUGCUGGAGUCGGUGGGAGAUUACUACGCCUGUGCCCGCCUGUGCGGGGCCCCCUCGCCGCCGCAGCACGCCAUCAGCCGCGGCAUCGGCGUGGAGGGCAUCGGCUGCCUCCUGGCCGGGGCCUGGGGCACGGGCAGCGGCACCACAUCCUACAGCGAGAACGUGGGGGCGCUGGGCAUCACCAAGGUAGGGAGCAGAGUGGUGAUCAUUGCUGGUGCCUGUGCCAUGCUCCUGAGCGGCAUCUUCGGGAAAGUUGGGGCAAUGCUUGCCAGCAUUCCCAUCCCCGUGAUUGGAGGCAUGUUCCUUGUGAUGUUUGGAGUUAUCACAGCAGUGGGCAUUUCCAAUUUACAGUACACAGAUAUGAACUCCUCAAGAAACAUCUUUAUCUUUGGAUUUUCUCUAUUUGCUGGCCUCACAAUUCCCAACUGGGCAAACAAACAUAGUACCCUGCUGGAAACAGGAAUCAUACAGCUUGACCAAGUGAUCCUGGUGCUUCUCACCACUGGCAUGUUUGUGGGUGGACUUCUGGGCUUUAUCCUGGAUAACACCAUUCCAGGAACACAGGAGGAGCGGGGGCUCCUGGCAUGGAAGCAAAGCCAUGAGGGAGGGACGGAGAGCUCUCAGUUUGUUUCCAAGGUCUAUGAUCUUCCAUUUGGCAUAGGCACCAAAUAUUGCAAUGUCUCUUGGUUUCACUAUCUCCCUGCUUGCCCCAAAAGACUGCCUUGUGACAAGAGAAUGAAUGAACUGAAGGCUGCUGGGCAGAAAAACAGUGUUAAAGCAAGCUUAGAAAGAAACUCUGAGAUUGGUGAUGAUACAAGGAUAUAAGCACCUGGCCUGCAAAUGAACUCAUCUCAGAAGCAGAGGUCUGAAAGUGUGUCUGCAGCCCUCAUCAUCUCAGCAUGAGCUGGCUGCUGUUAGAGGGUGGAGCAGGAGAAGGGUAAUAUGUUCUUCUUCCCAGCUCUGCUGACUGCAUCACUGAUGGCCUCGAGGAAGUAUUUUUUUCCUCCUCUCUUCCUGCCUGCUCACUUCUAGGAAGAACCUAAUUCCUCCUCAAGGAACACCAAAGGCCAAGAGAUGCCUAGUAAAGAUAUUCUGUUUCCUUCCUUGCAUUGACCCUUGGGCACCCAAAGGGGCAGAUGUUCAGCUGAAGCAGAAGGGCUUCCUGUCCCCUGAUAUGGCAGCUGAAGGAGCCAAUGGAGAAGGCAUCCCUGAUGUGGGCCCUGUACCAGUCUCAGGCAUCCCUUGGGUUGAAGUUAAUCCCCAGCACCUUAAAGCAACAUUCACCUCUCACCUUGUGCUUUAUACCUCAUCCUGGCCAAGGGGAAGGAGCAGGUGCCUCUAAAUCAUAAUUCAUCUCAUUCCAUAUUCCCAUAAUUUAGCCAGCCAAAUGAAUGUUGUUGUAAGAGAGGCAUCUAAAGUUAAUGGGUUGGAUUGUCUUCUGAACUCGUCUCUUCUGUCUCAGACCACAAAGGGACUCUAGAGACCUUAGUUAGGUUCUUGACCUAACAGAAAAAACCAGCUUCACUGAAUUGUAUUCCACCUUUGGAGUGUUGGGAAGGAGUCUCAGGCGAACCAGUUUCCUGUAGGGUGCCCAACCCUACAAAGAUGAAGGAAUUCUCAUCAAAUAUAAUGGACAAAACACUUCUGCUCACAAUCUUGUACAUCUGUAUGCUACUGCCAUGUCCUGUGUACCCUUGAUGUACCUGUUUGGUCUGGUGUGGUGAUUGUGUGGUGACAAGCACUUCUCUGGAAAACAGGUGUGCAGGUUAUUGCUCCUAUUCCCUAUUAGCUUCAACCUGUAUGGCCACAUGCAAUGUGAUCACAUGUGGUCCUGGUUGCUGGUGGUGUGUAAUAACAUUGUUGCUGUAGCACAAGCUUGUGUUUCCUUCAUUGAGAUA